AUGUCAGUUGCCGAUUUGAAAAACAAUAUCAACAAGUUAGAUACCGGUUAUGGUUUAAUGAGUUUAACCUGGAAGGCGGACCCCGUCCCUGAGGCAAAGGCUUUCGAAGCCAUGUACAGAGCUGUUGAGUUGUCCAGAGAACGUGGACACAAGGCAUUCUUUAAUGUUGGUGAGUUCUAUGGUCCUGACUUCAUUAACCUGUCCUAUGUUAAUGAUUUUUUUGCUAAGUACCCAGAUUUGAGAAAGCAUGUAGUUAUCAGUUGUAAAGGUGGUAUAGACGCGGCCACCAUGACCCCUAAAGGUAGUCACGAUGACGUCAUUCAGAGUGUGAAGAAUUCAGUCAAUGCCAUUGGCGGCUACAUCGACAUCUACGAGGUUGCAAGACUGGAUACUUCUCUAUGUGCCAAAGGGGAAGUCUACCCAUUCGAGUCGUUUGAGGCUCUUGCUGAAAUGAUCUCCGAGGGCGUCAUUGGCGGAAUCUCGUUGAGUGAAGUCAAUGAAGAACAAAUAAGAGCUAUUCACAAGGACUGGAGCAAGUUUUUGACCUGCGUUGAAGUCGAGCUUUCUUUGUUCAGUACGGACAUUCUCGAGAACGGCAUUGCUAAGACUUGUGCCGAACUGGGGUUGACUGUUAUCUGCUACUCCCCAUUAGGUAGAGGAUUGUUGACGGGCCAAUUAAAGUCUAACGCCGACAUCCCAGAAGGUGACUUUAGAAAGACCUUAAAGAGAUUCAGCGAUGAGUCCUUGAAGAAAAAUCUGGCUUUAGUCAAGUUCCUACAAGAAGAAGUUAUCGACAAGCGCCCUAGUAACAACUCCAUCACUCUAGCUCAAUUAGCUUUGGGCUGGAUUAAACACUGGAGCAAAGUUCCAGAAUACAAGGGUACCAAGUUUAUUCCAAUUCCAAGUGGGUCUUCUAUCUCUAAGGUUGAUGAAAACUUCGAUGAAAAAAAAACCGAACUUACUGAUCAAGAAUUCAAAACCAUAAACGAUUUUUUAGCCACCUUCCGUACUGUUGGUGACAGAUACGAAAUGGUCUAA